UAUCGCUUUGUUACCACAUGAUUUGAGGAGCUUGGAAUGGUUCGGAAGUCACACAGUUGCCAACAAGACUAUAGAUUCACAAAUAGAAGAAAUAUCGUUCUUAAUUGCAAUGUAUGGUAAUUAUUCGGACGGUCUUGAUCGCGUGAGAAAAGUUUUAAAAGAUAUACAAG